CUCUCGUCGAUUCCUCCCCUUUACCGUGACUAGCAUCCGCCUCAUUGUCGCCAACAUGCCCAGCAUUGCUCGCUUUCGCACGCUGUGGGGCAUCUCCCCCGGCGACCAUUUCGCCAACUGGAUCGCUCUGUUCCCCGAUCUGAAGACCAAAGGCUACACCGGAGUCGAGAUUGACUACAGAGACAUCCCCGUCGAGCAACUACCCGAACUGAGACACAUCCUCGACCAAUUUGAUUUCCAGCUUGUGGCACAGAUCAUGUCCUCAUGGCCCGGGUACGAGGGUCCCAGACCACCAGGGCUGACACCAAAGGAUCACCUCGCUCACUACCGCAAGCAACUCGAACGCGCGCAAGUUCUCAAGCCCAUGAAAGUCAACGCACAGUCUGGAAGCGACAUCUGGACUCUCGAUCAGUCGGUCGAGUUCUAUCAGGGCACCUUCAAGAUCGAUGAGGAACUGGGGUUCGCGGGGCGAGUGACGCACGAGACACACCGAAACCGAUCCAUGUUCAACCCGUACGCGGCGAAGUACAUCCUGGAAAGAGUGCCAAAUCUUCGCAUCACCGCCGAUAUCUCCCACUGGGUCGUCGUAUCAGAGCGUCUACUGGACGAGUCAGUAGAAGACCAGGAGAUUCUCGAGAAGGUCAUCCCGCAUAUUUACCACGUCCACGCCCGCAUCGGCACAACACAGGCCUCGCAGUGUGCCGACCCAUCAGAUCCAGUUUACAAGCCCGAGCGGGAGUUCUUUGAGCGAUUCUGGACAAAGGUCAUCCAGCAUAGCGCGACUCGUGGCGCGGACUAUCAGAUUUCGUUUACGCCUGAGUACGGACCGUACCCGUACCAACCCUACCAUACAUAGCCCGAGAGUGUACACCGAAGUCGCCGAUACCGAGGGCCUUCGUCUAGAGGGAAUUUUCCUGGCCGCCAUGUAAACAAAUGUCUUCCUACCCGGGCCAAUCAUAGCGGUCAUGAUUGUUUUGAUAUGAGGCAAUACGCAUACGAGAAAUCAUUCUUGGUUCGUUCACUGGGC